AUGGCGUCCGCUUUUCACAGGUGCCAGCAUUGUGGCUACGAGACAGACCUCUCCAACAAUCUGGCAGCCUUUGAAGAGAACCCUCAUUGCAGACAGUGCGGACUAUCGGCGUUCGAGAGCGAUAUCAAGAUGCAGGACGACCUGAUCAACAUGAUGACCCGCAAUCUGCAUCUCGGCCCUCUCCAGUCUCCGCCAGACAUGUCCAUGCCUCCGACCCCCCAAGUCGUCCCGCAGUCGACGCCAAUCACGUAUAUCACACAGCACUAUCAUCACUCAGCCCACCAGGCACCACCUGAUACUCCUGUGUCGACCACCCUCGAACGAUCUGGCAUCAACGCCUCGGCAUUGUUUCCAUCCCAAUUGCAGUUGUUCAAGAACGCAGAGCCUGAACAGAGGCUGAGGUUGAUAGAACUUUGGCAAAUCGCCCCUCCAACGUACGGCAGCCAGAUGCACCCUGAUGACCUGGCAAAUUGGCCGCAAACAAGCAUGGAAAGAGAAGAAGAAGCCGCCAAGUAUCGGUUGCAAUUGGUGGAACAAGAGAAGUUGAAGAAUCUAUGCGCUUUGCCCGUCGGUGGGGUCAGACAGACCGCCGAGCCUUAUAUCCUGCAUGGCUAUCAGGCACAGCCAAACCCAAGAGGAGUGACAGCUUCGACGGAACUUGGGCCCCUCAUGAUGAAGGAGGAGGAAAACUACAAACAAUUGAAGGACCCGGUAUACAAUAGCAGAGAAUGGUGGCACCUGUCGGAUGACGAGCCUAUGGAACAUCAAUACGGCAUGCUGCAGCAGAUGUACAGUUAUGGAAUUGAUUAUUCCGUUGCUAGACGCGGUGAUGGGGAUGCCGAGAUGUCUUGA